AUGCCUGUUGACAACAAGAAUUCCCGUUCCAGUUUCGAAGCAGGCCAUGCUACUGAUCAGCCAGUAACAAGUAAAAAACAAUCAACUCAAAAACCGGAAGAACAGCAACAACAACAAGGAUCCGUUUCGGAUUUUAAACAGGAUGCUCGUGCGUCUCAGAUUGGUUUCAAGAAAGUUGGAAUUCUCUUCAAAAAACAAGCCGAACUUUUUAUUGGUUAUUUAGAUGAUGACAAUACUGAAAAUCUCCCACAAAAAGAAAAAUCAAAAUCACCAUCGUUAUCAUCAUCAUCACAGCAAGUUAAAAUUACUGUUAAGAAAAAUGAUGAUCAAGAAGAAAGUCAUAUUGUCUAUAUACCCGUUUUACCGCAUAGUGUAUCAAAUUCAGAAUUGGAAAAAACAAUAUCAACUCGUCUUCAAGAUUUUCAAAUUCGUGUGAAACAAUGUCAAUGUAUAUCAGAAAUUGGUGUUGUUAUUUUACAUUUGAGAAAUUCAGAAGAUAGAACAAAGUUAUUAGACAAAAUACAAUCGGUUGUCUUGUCAAAAACACCAUUAAUAACUAUCAGUUUUGUGGACCAAAUUGAAUUAGUUUCCUAUAUUGUUUUUGAUACUACUAAACAUGAUCAAGACGAAGAUCUACCGACAUUAGAUGAAAUAAGUCAACGUUGGUUACAGCUAUUAAAACCAGAACGUCCACCACAAUGUGAAAUUGUGUCAGUAGACUUUCCAAAUAUUAUCAAAGUCAUAUCUUAUUCAGUUGAUGAGUUAUUAUUGGCAGCCAAUUUCGGUAUAUUUAGUAUUAAAGAUCUCCACGGUAAAAUAUAUGCUAGAGCCGAUUGCUCAUUUUUGGAAAAUUUACCAAUAAAAUCUGUUCCAUCUCAAUUUCAAAAAAUUGAUUUAUUACUGUAUUUAUUUAUUGUAAAGCAAUUGGACAUGUCACCACAAGAAGUACAAACACAUGGACAACAAUGUCAAGAAGAAGGAGAACGUUUAUAUGAAUUAUUAGUAUCAGAAAAAUCAAAUAAAACAACAACAGACACACAGAUAUAUGUACUACCAAAAGAAAUAAAAGAAUUCAAAAAGUUAUUUCAUAUUGAAUUGAAUAAAGAAUCAAGAAAUGUCAUUAUAUUAGCAUCGACGACUGUGCAAAAAUGGUUAAAUAGAGAUUUUAUUUAUUUUUAUGGUCGUCUAUUACAAAAAACUAAUCAUUUAGGAUAUAAAGUGACAGUCAAACUACCUAUAAUACCUACGGCAACAACUGAUUCUGUACAACAAGCGCUUCAAUCGCACCCUAUGUUUCAAAAUUUCGUUGGACAAAUAAAAAUAGCUGAUGAAAUGGCUAUUAUUGAGUUUUCAGAUCGAUCUGUCUAUGAUGAGUGUGUAAAAUCUGGAAGUAUACAAAUUAAAAUAAACAAUAAAAAUCAAACAUUACAAGUAGAGCGUUAUAGUUCAACGAAUAAUCCAUCUGAGAUGGAUAUUAAUGUUGAAAAUUGGUAUGGUACAAAAAUGAAGGAUUGUAAAGCAGAUAUCACACAAUUUGUGCCAAUAGAUCCCAUAUUUCGUUACAAAUGGAAUUCAAAAAUAUGGCUCGAUGAAUUUCUUAAAGUUAAAAAUGAUAAUGAUAUUAAACAACCAAACUCAACUAAACAUUUACUACGUGUAACCGUUAUGUUAAAUACAAUAUCAGCUAUUCGAAAUAAGAAAUAUUUGUUGGAAAAUGUGGAUGAUGAUGAAAAAGAAAAAGAAAUCGAACUCAAUGCAUUACCAUUGAAAACCAUAUUGUAUAAUCAUCAAACAAAAUUAUUUCAAUCAUCAGAACGAAAAAUAAUUCAGACUCCAUAUGAUUCAACAAGAGUUUUAGUAGAAAAUACGGAUUGUAUGAAAGUUUAUGAACGAUUAGUUAAUGAAAGUUGUAAACCAUUAUUAUUGAAUAUGGCUAGUGCAACAACUCCCGGAGGCGGUUAUAGGAAAGGUGAUGGAGCACAAGAAGAAGAUCUAUUCCGUCGUUCAAAUUAUUAUAUUAGUCUUGAUUAUGCAUGGGAUACGACAAUAACUCAGCUGCAACGGAAAAAAUUUUCAUCAAACUUUAAACUAGAAGAUAUGUCUCAAAAAGAACUCCUCUAUCCAAUGGAGGAAUUUGGAUGUAUUUAUACAUCUGGUAUAACAUUUUUUCGUGGUACAGAAGAUAAAGGUUAUCCAUAUUUAUCAUCUCCAUUGUAUGAUGUUAAAGCAAUUGCUAUGGCUGCAUAUCGAGAUCCACCGUUAUCACAAAAUAAUACUCGAUUAGAAAUAACAAAAGCGGCUGGUAUGCGUAAAAAAAUAGAAAACAUCUUUGCAAUAGCUGUUACCCAUGGCCAUGAUUCGUUGGUGUUAUCGGCUCUAGGCUGUGGUGCGUUUAAAAAUCCUCCGGAUCAUGUUGCACUCAUCUUUAAAUCUGUUAUUGAACAAUACGCUGGAUUUUUUAAACAGAUUAUAUUUGCUAUUAUCGAUGAUCAUAAUACAGGAAAACAAAUAAAUCCAGAUGGUAAUCAUAUGCCAUUCAAAAACGUUUUAGACAAACUAGUUGUUGAACCGUGCACAGCUCCAUCUGCUGGUAUGAUGAUAGGACCAUAUCGAAUUGAUAGUAAAGAUAAGAAUAGUAAUCAAUUGACUAUCGACGAGUUUGUUAUUAAGGGAAAAUCACCAUGUCGUUAUGCAGCUAAUUGUUCAGAUAUAAAUAGUCAAAAGCAUCGCGAGCGAUAUUCACAUCCAUCAUUAUGUCCCUAUGGUAGCGGAUGUCGUUCAUCUAGUGAUGAUGAUGUACAUUCACAGUUUUUUAUCCAUUUAAAACAAUGUUCAGCGGGUGGUGAAUGUACAAACAAUGAUCAAAAACACUUGCACGAUUUCGUUCAUGUUGAAUAUUGUUCAAUGGGUGGAGAUUGUCAAGAUACAAAAAAAUCGCAUUUAAAACAAUAUCGACAUUUGCCAUUAUGUGAAAAACGCUUAAAUUGUCCAGAUUAUAUGAGAAAAGUCACGUUACAUCUUCAGCAAUAUCGUCAUUGUAAAUCAGAAUGUCCGUUUGGCCAUAAUUGUAAUGAUUUUCAUGAUCCAAAUCAUUUUCAAGCAGAAAUACAUCCGUUUAAUUCUCCAUGUCCAAUGACACCAUUCUCAUGCAAUCGAUUUAUAAAAUAUCUUCAAGAAAAAGAUCGAAUGACAGAUAAAGAUGAAAAAGAAUUACUUGAAAACCAUUGUUUAAAAUAUUCCCAUGUAUGUCCUUGGGGACGACAAUGUAACGAUAAAAGUAAACAACAUCUGACGACAACCAUACAUAUUGCAAGAAAUAAUUGUCCAAAUGGAAACAAAUGUGAGCAACUGAAUAAUGAAGAACAUUUAAAUUCGUUUACACAUCCAAAUAUAAAAGAUUUACGUCUAUUAUGUAAAUAUUCGGGUACAAAAUGUGAAGAUUUAACAAAAUUAACACAUCUGGCACGUUAUCGUCAUAAUAUCAAUCAAGAUUAUUUAGAUGUGGCACAAUUUUAUGAUUUAAAUAAAAAGAUAAAUUUUGUUCAAAAUUAUCAAAACUUAUUGGAACCAUUUCCGACGUAUGUUACAAAUACUCUAAAUGAAAAUUGGUCAAGCAUUCAAAAUGUUGAUAAGAAAAUUUUAGAUUGGAUUCGUUCAUUACAACCUGUUCAUCGUUGUAAUCCAAAAAUAUUUGAAUCAAUCUUACUUCAUGGUCAUGUUAUGGGUCGAACCUUUAUGAAUAAAUUAAAAAAACCCGAAAAUGUUGUACAGACAGCCUAUAAUCAUAGUCGUAUUAGACAAAUAUUAAAGCAAAAAGGUAAAGCUGUACAUGAAGCAGUUCAACAGUUGAUUAAACCAUUGGUUGAACUAGAAUUUAUUAAAGGAAAAAUUAUAACAGAUGAUAAUCCAGAAUAUGACAGAUCAUAUUUAAUAGCAUCCGCAAUAAAGAUUUUAAAAGUAUCUUUAAAAGCAGAUGAUAUUGAGGCAAUUAAGCGAAAAGUAAUAGAAAUUGCUCAAGAUUCAAUACUACUAAGUAAAAAUCAAACGGGCAUCGGAUACGAAGUGGAUGUUGCCGUAGGUACAAAUCACCAUGUAUUUAGUAUUUUGGGUCCACAUACAGGAUGGUACUAUGGUGAUGUUGUCAUUGUAUUUAAACCUGAAAUAAUGCUGCAUCCGGAUACAAACUUUACAAUACAAGCAGCAACAUUUUUUCCAAGAGGUGCUGCUUAUGAAUUGCGUCCAUGGUUGAAAGAUCCAGGUACAAAACCAGAACGUGUGAAUCAUUUUCAUUCAUCUAAACUACAUUCCACAUUAGAUGGUUAUGAAUAUCCUACUGCUUUAGGAUUAAUGGGCAUAACUGGUAGAGAAAAGAAAACAAUGAAAGUUAGUUUAAAUGAUAUUAUUCAUUAUUUUAAAUCAAUCGAUUCACAUCAAACUAUAGAAGUGCAUUUACCACAAUUAAUACCGUUAACAUAUAUAGAACAAAUUUUCAUGCCAAGAAAUGUUUUCCUACUAAUGAAUAAAAAAGCACAAGAUUCUAGAGCACACAUAUUUAAAAAUAAAAUAAUAGUAACAGAUGAUGAAGUUGAUAUGGAUAUAGAGCUAAUAGCACACCAAGGUGAACCACCUGAUGCAUCAAGAACAAAAUAUCAAAAUUAUGUGAUUAAGCAACUAUUAGAUAAAAUUGAUUUACGUUCAAAAACUCUAUCAAGUAAUAAUAAUACAAGCCAAGGUAUUUAUAUUACAUUAUCAUCAUCACAACUCGUAACAAUGCCACAUACAAUAUUACAAUCAUAUCAACAUGCAUUGGCAAUAUCUAAUAAUCGACAACUAUCAAAUGAUACUGUUUAUAUAUAUUUCAAAGUCAAAGAUGGUGAUUUUAUGUUACUUUUGACAAACGAACGAAUUGAGAAAGGACAAGAACAACCAAAUUUAGUAUAUUUAACCUGUUAUGUUGCACCAAUGCCACCAACAACAACUACACCUGAUGAUUACUAUGAGACCAAUUCAUAUAUAAAUAGUUUAACACCGGAGGCGUGUGAUACUGUUCUAGAAGAAAAAAUAUUUAAAACCUCUUCAAAUCAUUUUCAUAAAGGCUGUAAUACAGAUGAUUAUAUACAAUAUUGUUUAAAAAUUCGCUGUGAGACAGGUCAAGUUUCACUGAUUCAUGCCGGUACCAAUGGUAUUUAUAAUCAUUCACCGUUAGAAUAUAAAUUUAGUAAAAAUGAGUUAGAUGUAAAAAAAUUAGAGUAUAUACAGUUUCAAUCUAGAUCACGUAAAAUAUCAAUACAAAACUUUUUAAUCAAAUUUGAACCAAUCCCACAAUUACAUCCAACAAUCGAUAAACAGUUCCGAACUCAAGUGCCAGCCGAUUCUAAUGAAGAAGCCGGAGAAAAGCCCCCACAAAAUUCUAGCACAAUUGGUGCCCUAUCAAAUGUUUGGAGAAAGGGUGAUGUAGCACCGUCAAACGGGGAAUUAAGAGUCAAAGAGCCCGGUUUAUUUCGUAGAAUAUGGAGACAAAUAUUUCGAUAUAAAACAGCCACAAAACAACAACAGGACCACGGAUCUUACUCCGAACAACACACAACAGGUGAUUAUCAAAAGCGCGUACAACAGCAACAACGGCUUGUUCCACAACAUCAAGGCUAUAAUCAAAAACAACAUAAUCUACAAGAAGAAGAACAACAACAGACAAGACAUCAAGGAGUACAAGUGCUUAAUUUAACCCAACCACAACAACAACAGACUACUAAAAAUCCACCAUGUAAAGAUUCUAUUCAUUGUUUGCUACAAUACAAUCAUCCUCAAACUGAGCACCAUAAUAACGCAUAUUCACAUCCUUGUCGUUUCUCAGAGAUUUGUCGUGAUAGAAAUGAUCUAAAACAUAACUUACAGUUUACACAUUAUCAACAUAAAGUGUCAGCAUGUCAGCAUGAUCAACAAUGUACAAAAAAGCAUGAUCCUCUGCAUCGGUAUGAAUAUCGUCACACUAACUUGCCAGAUUUAUUACGACCAUGCAAAUAUCAAACAAAAUGUCGACAAAAAUCAUCUGAAGAACACGCCAUUGGUUAUUCACAUGGUGAAAAUAUUCCAUUAUCCGCACAUCAUACAUCCUGA